UCCUGGGGGCAAGUAUGUAUAUAUUAGAGAACUUAUUUCAUUAACAGGAUUCAGCCAGGCACUUGGAUACUGAAUGUUGACAUGGAAAAAAAAAAAAAAAAAAGCCAACCAACUACUCUGCAGAGCUGCGUUCGGGAUACUGGACUUUAACUCUUUGAUUAUAGGUACUACCACCACGGUGAGCUGACCUGCAAGAUGGAUCAUUGAGAUCAAAGGCUGGAAGUUAUGAUGUUUGCCUUUUAAAGAGUAAAUGCUAUUCUGACUUUCAUAGUUUGCAGUUCCAACUGGAAGUGAUAACAUGGAUUCAUGGUAUCUGCCUUGGUUUCUGUUCUCUGCCAUUCUCCUCAUGGUUCCUGGCUUGCCAACUCAAGAAAACUUUGAUGUAGAUGGUGGACUCGAUCAAGAUAUAUUUGAUAUCAAUGAAGAUUUGGGACUGGAUCUUUUUGAGGGGGACAUCAGACUUGAUGGGGCACAAGAUAGAAAUUCUAUCAUUGGAGAAGAAUACAGAUGGCCUCAUACCAUUCCAUAUGUUCUAGAAGAUAGCUUGGAAAUGAAUGCAAAGGGAGUUAUCCUUAAUGCAUUUGAACGCUAUCGCCUAAAAUCAUGCAUUGACUUCAAGCCUUGGGCUGGAGAAGCUAACUAUGUAUCAGUGUUUAAGGGCAGCGGCUGCUGGUCUUCAGUGGGAAACAGGCACGUGGGGAAGCAACAACUCUCCAUCGGGCAAAACUGCGACAGAAUAGCAACAGUCCAACACGAGUUCCUCCACGCACUGGGAUUCUGGCAUGAGCAGUCACGUUCUGACCGGGAUGACUAUGUCAGCAUAAUGUGGGACAGAAUUCUGUCAGGCAGAGAGCACAAUUUUAACACCUACAAUGACCAAGAAUCAGACUCCUUGAAUGUUCCCUAUGAUUACACCUCUGUAAUGCACUACAGUAAGACUGCUUUCCAGAAUGGAACAGAGCCAACAAUUGUCACAAGAAUCUCAGACUUCAUGGAUGUGAUCGGCCAACGAAUGGAUUUCAGUGACUAUGAUCUCUUAAAGUUGAAUCGACUAUAUAACUGCACCACUUCCCUGAGCUUUAUGGACUCAUGCAGUUUUGAACUGGAAAAUGUGUGUGGUAUGAUUCAAAGUUCAGAUGAUAAUGCUGACUGGCAAUGGGUGUCCCAGGUUCCCAGAGGGCCUGAGAGCGAUCACUCCAGCAUGGGCCAGUGCAAAGGUUCUGGUUUCUUCAUGCAUUUCAACAGUAGCUCUGUAAGCGUGGGGGCCACGGCCCUGCUGGAAAGUCGAACAUUAUACCCUAAAAGAGGAUUUCAGUGCUUGCAAUUUUAUUUAUAUAACACUGGAAGUGAAAACGACCAACUGAACAUCUACACCAGGGAGUAUCCCGCAGACAAUGUGGUUGGUACUUUAACGCUUGUGGAGGAAAUAAAAGAGAUACCCAUUGGAAGCUGGCAACUUUACCAUGUAACAUUGAAAAUGACCAAGAAAUUCAGAGUGGUGUUUGGAGGGGUCAGAGGCGCUGGUGCAUCAUUGGGUGGCCUGUCCAUUGAUGACAUCAAUCUUUCAGAAACACAGUGCCCUCAUCACAUCUGGCAUAUAACGAAUUUCACACAGUUUAUUGGCAGCUCAAGUGGAACUCUCUAUAGCCCUCCAUUUUAUUCUCCUAAAGGUUAUGCCUUUCAGAUUCACUUGAAUCUAAGCCAUUCGACUAAUGCAGGAAUAUAUUUCCACUUGAUCUCUGGAGCCAAUGAUGAUCAAUUACAAUGGCCAUGUCCUUGGCAACAAGCCACGAUGACACUCUUGGAUCAAAAUCCUGACAUUCGACAGCGUAUGUCCAACCAGCGGAGUGUAACUACAGACCCAUUUAUGACCACCGAUAAUGGAAACUAUUUUUGGGACAGGCCUUCCAAAGUGGGAGAAGUGGCUUUUUUCCCUAAUGGAACUCAGUUUAGAAGAGGUCAAGGCUCUGGAACCAGUGCCUUCAUAACCCACAAGAGGCUGAAAAGCAGAGAUUUUAUAAAAGGAGAUGAUGUUUAUAUCCUACUGACAGUGGAAGACAUAUCCCACCUUAAUUCUACACCAGUUCAGCCAACCCCAACCUCUACUGUGAAUGACCUUUGCACAAACUUUAAAUGUGAGAACGAUGGCAUUUGCAUUGUCCAAAAUGGGAAAGCCGAGUGCAGGUGUCAGUCAGGGGAAGACUGGUGGUACAUGGGGGAGAGGUGUGAGAGGAGAGGCUCUACCCGGGACACCAUUGUCAUCGCUGCAUCUUCCACCGCUGCCAUGUUUGCCCUGAUGCUGAUAGUCACCCUCAUCAGUGUCUAUUGUAUCAGGAAGAAAUAUCGUAGAAGGAUAAGUUCAAAUACGGCAGCUAUGAAUCUGGAAAAUCAGCAUGCAUUUUGAAGAUUAACUCAACAAUAUGGCCAGCAAAUGAAAUGAAAAAGGAUUCUUCAUCAUGGAUUUCACCUAGAAUCCAUUCCAACUGCCUUGUUCUUCUAUAAAUGGAUCUUCUCUGUAAAUAGCUGGAUAUACUAUAAAUCAUUAUUUUUGGUGAACAUCUUAUUGGUGAAAUGUUUGUGUUUUUGUUUUUAAAGGAGGGAAGGAAUUCUGAAUCCCACAGAAUUGUAAUAUUGUCUCUAUGAAGGAGCACAGUAACUAGAGAUAGCUUUCCAAAUUACUGAUCCUUCCCUUGGGGGGCCAACGACAGCGGCCUCACAAGUGAUUGCCUGGGCACCCACUGGAAACACCCAGUGGGAAUGAUCUACAUGCCAUCUCAGCAUUUGUGUGUGGUCCCGUCCCAGUGUAGGGAGGGGUGGUAGGACAGCUCCCUCUCUCUCCGGGAACAAUUGCUCCUCUGGCCAAAGCUGGCCACUCUCUUGUUUUCUUCCACAGACUCUUCAGAAAGUAAGCUGGGUUUAGAAUUUGUUUGAACGUGUACCUGCGAUUGACCAGGAAACUUUUAACUCCCAGAGCAAUGGUUCUCCAACUUCUCAGUCUCAGGAGUGAUCGAGGGCCCCAAAGAGCUUUUGCUUGUGAAUAUCACAUUUAUCAGUACUUACGUUAUUAGAAAUUCAAGCCAGGAAAAUGUAAAACUAUGUAUUUCUUAAUCAUUAAUAAAUAAUAAACCCAAUGUUUACAUGUUAGUGUAAAUAAUAUUUUUAUGAAAAAAUAACUCUUUUUCAAAACAAGAAAAUAUAGCAAAAGGAGGGGUAGUGUUUUACACUUUUUUGCAAAUCUCUAAUGUCUGGCUUAAUAGAGAACCGCUGAAUUCUCACAUAUGUGUCCGCAUUCGGUCUGUUGUGAUAUGUUAUUUUCAUUGAAGGAUACAAAGCAAAUCUAGCCUCACACAGAUAUGUAAUUGGAAAGGGGAGGUGUAUUUAAAUAGCUUUUCAGGUAAUUGUGGAUAUUCUUUUUGAAUAGUUUGUUGAAAGUUGACAAAUGGUUAUUUCUUAAAUGUUAGCUAUAACUGGAACCUGAGACAGUAUCAAUGAUCUCUUGUA